UCGCCAUGUCAAGUUAUCGCAACAUUCCCCUCUACGGCGGCGCAGUCACCUGCGACCUGCCCAAACGCUUCGCAGACGUCAGCAAGCUGAGACAAGUCCCCGACCACCAGGAAGUCUGGAUCGACAAGGACGGCUUCACGAGCAUCAUCUUUGACAUCACAGAGCGCGUCGGCGAGCCCGGCUCCGGGCCCGAGAUUGACGGCCGGGCCAUGACGACGCACCUCGAGGACAUGGUCGGCUCCGACAUCAACACGGUCAAGAUCUGGAACACGGCCGAGACGGAGUUUACACGCAUGCAAGACCUGAAACUCCCCGCAUACACCCUCAUCGCGACGCAGACCCCCCACGCCGCCAGCGACCAGGCCUCGGCGCCCGACUUCACAGCCAUCACCAUGACCCUGCUGCGCCUCGAGAAGGAAGACACCGACAUCCUCAUCACCAUCAACGUGCCCCACAUCAAGGGCGAGUACGACGCCGACGAGGUCGACCUCGAACUCGGCAAGCAGGGCAAGCUCAUCGGCGACGCCGUCGAGAUUGCGGCGCGCAUCUGGGAGACGUUUGAGAUUAAGGACUGGGGGCUUUUCGGCGAGACGGCGAGACACCAUUAGAGCCAAAAGGGAGGGGGGACUUUUAAUCGAAAAUAAAAGAGGUGGGAUAACCUGAGGAUGGAGGAGGGCCCUCUCUGUGGUAUAUCUAUACACUACGUGAUUUGGUUCAUCUACUCAAAGGGAAUAACGCUCCCCCAUACUUUAUGAUAAUAAGGA